UAAAAAUCAGCUGUUCUCUGUGUGUUCCAAACGUUUCGAAUGGAUAAUAAAAGCGUAUAAUAACAAUUAUGUUAUAAAUUAGUCAAAUUCUUCGUCACCUUUUGUCGAGACAACAAAGAGUAAGUGGGUUACAUUAGAAUGAAUAAAGUAAAACCUUUCACACAGGAAUGAAACAAAAUUAUAUUUGAAAAACAUCCGUGCUGGAACGGAAUUUCUGAACAAUAACAAAGUAAAUAUCAGUAUUAAUGUCAUUCAAAAUAGAAUCUCGUUGGAAUAAGCGGGGAAUAAAAAAAUGCAAAUGUGGUACAUAUAAUGGAAACAAAGCUAGCAGCUGUAAAAAUAAAACCUGUGGACAGGUUUUCAGGUCAUCGAAAAUAUCUGGAGAAAAAUCUACCAACGACUACUUCGCCGCGGUUCAGAUAAAACACCACUCUCAAGAUUCAUCAAUCAAGCUGUACAGCGUUCGAAAAUUAAAUGGCACUAAGAUGAUCCGCGGAUUCGUGGAAAUCCACGAUGAACCAGGCGAGCAUUUGCUACAGCAGAAGACGGCAAUUUGCUACGUGGAUUGUCGUCCCCACACAGGCGAAGAAGGAACAUGCCAGCAUGUAAGAGUUGCAUCCGAAGCAAACGAGUAUGCUGAAGAAUUGAUCAUAAAUCAUCAAUGUUUGAAUAUGCUCAAUACAACUGUCGAGGUAAGGGAUGCUAUUCAGAAGCAGCUCACGAGUUGUACUAUUGGAAGCAGUCCACUGAUACAAAAAGUAUCGGCAGAUACCUUUGUGGUGAAAUGCGACGAUGAAUUCCAUCAACCCGUACCUUUUUGUCACGUGCAACUGAAGCAUCCUUGCAGCAUUAUCUAUGAUUGUCAAAUACUAGAUACAUACGAAGGGGGCUCAGCGUGUUACCAUUCAUUUAUAGUAGCAGCAGCGGUUCUGAGUUCGCCGAAAUACCAUCCCGUUUUUUACCAAGUCAUUAGUCACUUGUUGACAUCUUCGGGCAAAACUUACCGCCCAAGUGAAUUUUCAGUUUUAGACAGUGCAAUUGUUCUUUCCAACGUUGGUGCGCAAGGUGGUUUGAUGGAAGAAUUGUCAACAGAUCAAUUUUUAGUCACAACCAUUCAAGAACCUAUGUCCAAUGAACAGUAUGUCAAAACAGAGGAAAUUCUCAUAGAUUUUAGUGAACCGAUCAUCGACAGUAACGUACCAAUAUCACCUAUCAUUGAGCUAGUCAACAGUACCGAAAAUAGCAUGUGUGCCACAGAAACAUUUGCUGCUAGUUAUGACGACAAUCUGCAAUUGAUGGAUUGUCAGAUAGAGCUUAUGGACCAACUAAAUUUAACGGAUCGGAUCGACUUUUGUCCCUCUGACGUAGAGCUCAGUGACGAUAAUCUGGUAUUCCCAGUCGAUAAAACCUUGGAGCAUGGGAUCGAUUCGAAAUCGCAUUCACAAUCCGGCAAUUUAAAGAAACCUAUCAAAGAACGAACGAAGCUGGUUGAUGUGACUACGAAAAAAUCUGCCCUAAGACAGGCAGCUAAGAUUUCGAAGGAAAAGAUGAAAAAAGGAAGCUACAAUGUUCGGCGAUUGAUGAAAAUCCUGGAAUCCAAUGGAGUUGUAUUCAACAGGCUGAAACAUCGAGAAGCCAUCGACAUGGCGGCGCAAGUCGAUAGUCCGUACACCUCGGGAUCAUUACCGUCCUAUGAAGCAACUCUGUGCAAUUUAAGUUUUACGCAUUGGUUAGAAUCUGUGAUAGAACAGCUCAACUCUCUUAUCCAAUACAGCGGAAACGGAAAACCAGCGGUGCAAAUUUUUAGCGUACACGAGGAUUUUUUCAACUGUUUGCGGGCUCGAUUUUCGGUUGGCCAUCAGUUAAGGAUGCCGGAUAGCAGUAUUGAUUUACUUGAACCACCGCGAAAGGGAUUGACAUGCCAGGCUUUCAAAUUUUCCUGCUAUAAAAGUCUGCGAAACGUUCUGAAAACUGAUAAGGUUGCUCUAAGAUUCGAGAAAUCAUUCUGCCGAACCAGUGACGGAACGUACGACGAGAUUGACCUGUCUGAUGCCCCCGGUAGUCACGCCUGUUCGUCGAAGGGUAAGCGCAUCGUCAUCAAGGCGUUCGAGUACAAAACCUACAUCAAAAUGGGCAGUUACAAAAGUGACCCCACUGGGAAAGUUCAUCACAUGGUGAUCGAGUGGAUUGCCGGUGUUCUUCCCGUUAGCCGCUUUGGUGAAAUGCGAAUCACACUGGAGUAUGGACACAAGGAGAAUCAGCUGUAUGUGGAUCCGCCGUCAACGGUGCUAGCCGGUGAUGGCAUUUCGGCAUCAAUUGACUGCAACAGUUGA